AUGGCUCUGGCGAAUGCUUCCCAGUGCGGCUGCCGCAGCAUCCACGGCGACAGCGGCUGCGAUUGGAAAGCGUCGCCGCAGCGAUGCCCACUGUGCUACGAGGGAGGCUGCCCAUGUGGAUCACUCCCUGACAAAGGAGACGAAACAGGCCGAGAUCGGCGAUGGGACAGCGUCUCCAGGACAACUCGGCGUGCUGUGGCGACGGGCGCGACGGAUGUAGAUGCCGUGGCAAUCCUUGCAUUGCUGCGGUCCUCGUUGAAUCCUGGGCGAGCUGAAACACUGCUGGUCCAACAGUUUCGCCCGCCCGUGGACUGUCCCACCAUCGAGCUCCCAGCUGGCCUAGUGGACGAGGGCGAGACAGUGGAGGAGGCAGCCCUGCGAGAGCUCAAAGAGGAAACUGGCUACGUCGGUACGGUCGCUGAAUGCUCGGGGGUUCUGACAAUGUCCCCAGGGCUUUGUGAUGAGAUGAUACGGCUCGUGGUCGUCGAGGUGGACCUAGAUCGACCGGAGAACCAAUCGCCAGAGCAGCAGUUGGAGGAAACAGAGCGGAUAGCGGUGCGGCGCGUACCCCUAGAUCAACUUCUGCAAGAGCUCGAGGCAUUAACCCGAGAAGGAUGCAUGCCGAUCGCAGGCUUACACUUCUUGGCCGUGGGCUUGCGCCUUGGCCUUCUGCAGCGCUUCUUCUCCGAUGCGCUGGCUCCCGGUCCUGGCGCUGGCGGUGGCCCUUUGCACCUUUGCCAAAGAGCUCUGGAGAGUGGAGGCAGUGGAGGCAGUGGAGGUCGAAGGUCCAUUUUGUUCUCCUCCCCCCUCCCUUGUUUCUCAAGGUCAUCCUGA